AUGUCUUCGUUCACGUGUACUACGACGGGGAGUACUUCUUCUUCUCGCGCGCACCAACACGCGUGCAAGUGUUGUCGAGGCACAGGAAGAGUCUCAAUGCAACGAACGCAACACUCUUCAUCUGCGUCGAGUCAAAGCGCGGCGGCGUUGACCGCAAAAAAAGUCGCAUCAUCAUCUUCAUCAUCAUCAUCAUCGUCGUCGUCGUCGUCGUCGAAAUCAUUUUGGACUUUGAGACGAGGCAAAUACCACUGUUUAACGAUCGCUUCGGCAAAGAACGCGAUCACAGAUGACAACGAGAACAACAUCAACAUCAACAACAGCAAAAGAGAAGGAGGGGAGUACACACAAACAAGAAGAAACGAAGCAGCGACGACGACGAAACCGAAAUCGAGACGCACGUUUCUUUCGAGAACAGCCGCUGCGUUUGGUGCUUUGAUUUUUGCGAGCGCGGCGGAAGAAAAUAUCAACAAUAACGCGGCGUUUGCGUUGGAAGAUACCGAGUGCAUCGAGUGUGGUGGCACUGGUAUCGUUCCGUGCGAUAUGUGUGGCGGAACCGGUAAAUGGAAAGCUUUGAACAGAAAACGCGUGCAAGACACGUACGAGUUUACCGAGUGUCCGCAGUGUUACGGCAGAGGCGUGAGAGUCUGUCCGGUGUGUUUUGGUACCGGCGAAAGAAACGUGAAGGGAUUGUUGCGGAGAGGAGAAGCGACUGAAAUGGUGAAAGCUAUGCAAAGAGGUGAGUUGAAACCCGGGGACACGAAAGCGUUGAUCCAAGCUGGACGAGAUCGAAAGCUCGAACUGAAAAUUCAAGCCGCCGCCAACGCCAGCACUGCGGAAUCGGUUGCGCAAGAAGAGUUUUAA